CCAGAAUGGCCCGCUAUUAGAUUACCCUGAUUGCAUCAUUGAUUCCAUAGAAAUCCAUGGUUUUAUGACUACUCAAACCAACUGCUCGAGGCUCUACCUAUCAGUCUGGCGACCUUCACAGAGCUAGACACACUACACUCUUCCUGUUAAAACAAUGAAAAACUUGGACAUUAACACAAUGAUUGACGCGGCUUCCGCCGAGCGGGGCAGUCCCAAGCUGAGUGCCCUCUUUAACGACAAUCUGAAACUGGCGCAUGAGGACGAUGGCCACCACCCGGUCGCCACCAGCAAUGGAAAGGCGGCACAAAGAACGAUAGAGCAACCCACACCACCGCCACCCCACGUACCCGCCGAGCUGAAGGCGUCUUACCGCAGCCUGUUUACCGCUUGCCAGGAUCAUGCCGCCUUCUUCGCCAAGGACCACACCGAGUUCGGGCAGCGCCUGCACGCCGCCCACAUUGCCUGGCAGGACUUCAUUGUGCUGGCCAACCGGCUGGUGCAGCAGAUCGAGGCCUUCGCCCACGAGUACGAUUUCGACGAGGAGACGCCGGGAAAUGGAUACCGCAGCUUCGUCUACGUGACCAACGCCUGCAUCUCGCACGGUGUCAGCAUCUGCAAACAGCUGUCGACCACCCGAUCGACGCUUUUCUUUCGCAAGAAGCUUUUGAUGAAAGAGGUGGAGGCCUGCUCACAGCUGCUAUCCUCGCUAUGCACCUGCCUGCAGUAUCUGCUCAUCCUGCGCCAGUGGUCGGCUAGCACGGGAGAUCUAUUCGCCUGCGGCAAUCACACGGCCGAACAGCUCUUCGAACUAGGCGACACCAUCAAUCAGUAUUGUUUCUACGGUCGCUGUCUGGGCUUCCAGUACGGCGACUCGAUACGCGGCGUUCUCCGCUUCCUGGGCAUCAGCAUGGCCAGCUACUCGGAGUCCUACUACUCACAGGAGGGCGAUGGGACCAUUGUCAAGACCACCCGCAGCCUGUGGACCAGCGGCAAGUACCUAAUGAACCCGGAGCUGCGUGCCCGCCGCAUAGUAAACAUCUCGCAGAAUGCCAAGAUUGACUUUUGCAAGUCCUUUUGGUUCCUGGCCGAAUCAGAGCUGAUGCAUAAACUGCCCAGCAUUGUGGGCAGCUCCAUUAAGGUGAAUCGACUGAUUGAACUGCCCGCAGAGCCGCUGAAGCUGCCGAGACGAAAGGACUUCAAGCCUUCGGACAUCCCCGGCAGCGAUGUAAACCAGAAUCAAGGUGAAGAUGAUUUCGUGGAGAUACCCGUGCCUUCGGCUCAUCUGGGACCUGGCCUGCCGGUCUCCGUACGCCUGCUGAGCGCCAGAAGACGUUCGGGAAUGCUGGGCGAGGGUCGCUAUCGUGGCUGGCACAAACCCACUCCGCCGAGCCGCUCCAUUUUGUUUCACUGCCACGGCGGCGGCUUUGUGGCCCAGUCCUCAAAGUCCCAUGAACUGUACUUGCGCGACUGGGCCGUGGCCCUGGACUGUCCCAUUCUUUCGGUGGACUAUAGCCUGGCUCCGGAGGCUCCGUUUCCCCGAGCCUUGCAGGAGGUCUACUACGCGUACUGCUGGCUGCUGAACAAUACCGAGCUGCUGGGCACGACGGCCGAGAGGAUUGUGUGUGCCGGCGACUCGGCUGGAGCGAAUCUCUCCAUCGGAGUGGCCCUCAAGUGCAUUGAGCAGGGAGUACGAGUGCCGGACGGCCUGUUCUUGGCCUACUGCCCUACCCUCGUCAGCUUCGUACCCAGUCCGGCGCGACUUUUGUGCCUGAUGGAUCCCCUGCUACCAUUCGGUUUCAUGAUGCGAUGCCUUCGUGCCUAUGCAGCUCCCGCCCAGGAGACGCUGCAGGAGAAUGCCCGGCAUGUGGAGGAUGCAGCCCAGAUACGUAAUGCCCAAAAAUCGAAUGUUGGUAGCUUGAACUCUAGUCGCCGCACCUCUAUUGCCCGAAGUCCGCUGACGCCACUGGAAGCCAACACGGAGCAGGAUGACGAAAGCAGCGAUACUUUUGCCAGUGCCUCGGCCUCGUACCACAGCCAGACCGUGGAGCGUACCGAUCUGCCCAACAGCGAGAACGAUAACAGUUCGUGUGUCUCCUUCGAGGAUGACUCGCAGCCCAUUGUCCACUACCCAGUCGAAAUAUCGGCCGAUACGCCCAAGGACGCCGCCUCAGCAGCCUAUAUAGAUAACUUUUUGGACAAGUAUCUUAUUGAUACGGCUACCAUGGAGGCGACAGAAGAAACGGCCAACCAGCCAUUGCAAGGGCAAGCCAAUGGACAUUCUAAAAUCGGCUCCGAUGACAACAUUCUAGUGGAGACGGGGCGUGAUCUCAUAGCAAUUGACACGUUGCAGGGACGACUGCAGGAGGCAGUUAACAACAUCACCAAUACUUUGACCCGCUGCACGCAGUCUUAUGAGAUCAAUGGUAGCUCAACGAUGGGCCAGCAGGACGUGCGAAAUAUGGAUGCCCUGAUAGCACGUAGUCCCAGCGAGGAGUUUGCCUUCGAUGUGCCUAAAGACCCAUUUUUGUCACCCUACUGGGCCAGCGAUGAGUGGCUAUCCCAGCUGCCAGAGACCAAAAUACUUACAUUGAAUAUGGAUCCAUGUUUGGAUGACUGCGUCAUGUUUGCCAAAAAGCUAAAACGACUGGGCCGCCAAGUCAACUUGGAAAUCCUUGAGGGCCUUCCGCAUGGAUUCCUUAAUUUCACCAUGUUAUCCAACGAAGCUAUGGAGGGAUCCAAGCACUGCAUAAAAUCUCUACAGACGUUGCUUCAGGUAAAUCCGAAGCACAAAUCAACCGAUGACAAAGGCAGCUCCCUGGACGAGGACGAGGAAUCAUCCAGUCCCAGUGCAAGCCUGGCAGCUUCAUAGGACGAGUUUAAGUCGGUCUAUAUACCUAUAGGUCUGGAGAAUCUCACACCCGAAGGGGAUCAAUAACCAGAUGUUCGUUCCCUAGGACUUAUCCAAAGCUAUAGGUGUUUAGACCGAGUUUUGUUAUGCGCAGGAACGAAUUGUUCAUUGUUAAACGCACUCUUCUUGCUUUUUUAUUACUUUGUAAUCUCAACAUUUUUUUAUACACUUUUAUAUGACACUGCUUUCUAUGUUUUAUAUACUCACAAAAUAUGUAUAGGAUAUAUGAUAUAUGUAGCUGUUAGCAUAAGCAAGCCAAGUAUGCAAGUAUUGGAAGCGUGUAAACACGCACUAUUUAUUAUAUUUACAACUAACGAAUGCUCUUGAUUCCAGGCACACACUCGCUAAGAGAGCAGCUCCCGAAUAUGUGCCUGAUAUACGAUACGAGUACUUAUAUACAUUUGUAUAGGAUAAUCGCUCAUAUUGCCCUUAUUUUGACCCCAAACCACCCAAUAGUUUGUCCAGUAUGGAGGCUAACCCAGUUAAACUUCAAAUAUCUUGGAGAUAUGCCUAGUUUUCUUUGCCUAUCCCACACGAUACUCUGUCCGAAUGUAUAUCGUCGUUACACCAGGUGUUUUGAUAUACAAAUACUCUUUACAUACCUACAUAUAUACCGAAUAUGUUUGCAAUCUCUCUCCUUAAACUAUACCCAGUGUUAAACAUGCGAAUAAAAGGUUAUUACUAGUAAAUGGAA